AUGUUUGCCCGCACCAAGCUCGCCUGCACCCCUGCUCUGAAGUUCUAUCUUAAACUCCGUAGAGUUGCAUACAGACCAAUUUUUGCAUCAGUGUUAUCUCCACCAGAGGCAAGGACUGUAGAGAGCCCUGCGGUAUUUAAUGAGGCCCAGAAUGGUGUGUCUCAACUAAUCCAAAGGGAGCUUCAAACCAGUGCAAUCAGCAGAGACAUUGAGACUGGUGCCAAAUGUAUCAGUGCAGACGCUGCAACAGUAGGAGUGGCUGGUUCUGGUGCUGGUAUUGGAACAGUCUUUGGCAGCCUUAUCAUUGGUUGUGCCAGAAACCAGCCUUACCAUUGGUUCUACCCUUCACUGAGGUAGCAGCUGUUCUCAUAUGCUAUCCUGGGAUUUGCCUUGUCUGAACUUAUGGGUCUCUUUUGGUUGAUGGUUGCUUUCUGAUUUUCUUUGCCAUGUAAUAAAUUACUGCUUAACAUGUUGGCAUCCAUAUUAAUAAUGGAUGUAAUUUGGUGUAUCUUACUAUGAACUAUAGUGUUGGUGUGAUGGAAGUAUACGUUAUUUCUGAGUCAUUUCAUUAAAGAUGAAAACGAGAAAGAGAGAAGGAGA